CACGGGACUGUCACGACUGUGACGGAUUGAACCAAUCCCUCAUCAAGAUCUCCUGGCAUGCAGUGAAUUGAAUUGAACUGAACCUCGUAGCAACCGCGGCGACCUUUUGAGCUUCGGUAGCCUUUUUUAAUUCCAACCCACGUCUCCAAAGGCAGCCAGAUCAAGAUGGGCGGCGGUCGCAAGAUUCCCUAUCCCAAGCACGUCUGGUCGCCGGCUGGUGGUUGGUAUGCGCAGCCGGCCAAUUGGAAGGCCAACACCGCCGUGUUCGGCCUUGCUAUCUUCGGCAUCACGGCUCUGGUGUGGAAGUUGAGCGCCGAUAGGGAAUACAGACAUCACAUGCCGGAGCCGGACCGCUUCUACCCAAGCAGGAAGUACGUUAUCACUGUGUCUUGUGUGUUGGGGGAUGACUCGGCUGACGAAGCGUCUGCACUAGUUGGAGCAAACAGGUCAUCGAGUACGAGAGGAAGCAGAAGGAGGCCCAGCAAGCGGAGUCUUCAUAAUGUCGCAUCCCUCAGCUCGUGGGGUUCCCUCUGUCUAGUACUGUACAUGAAAUCUAGAAGCUAUUCUGAUGCUCCAUUUCGGUCCAGCUCCUGGUGGAAGCAUGGCGAACAAAGAGUCCUCUCAAGGAUGAGUGGUCAUUUGCCGGCUUGUCUCUGCCUAGCGGUCUUUGUCUGUGCUUUGACAAGACAAUUGCGUUGUUCCCCCAUCCUCCACAGCAACGCAGGUUGCGUCAGGAAGACCAUGAACCCAUUUAUUUCACCCUUUGCCUAGCUCGAAUGGAGGUGAAGCUCUCCUCCUUUCCAUCCUCAUCUGCGCGGGCCCAAGGCAUCCUAGACAGAGGCAAUAUAUACAGGUAAUUGUCCGUUCCAAAUCAAGGCCAAGUCUUGCACCAUGGCUAACACAACCGAGAUGGGCUGUUACG